GAUUUUUGCGCUUAUAUGAAUGUUGAUAAUUACGUAUGCACAGAGUAUUUACCUGGCUUUGCCCUGCCCCUUUCAGCCAACGGCCCGAGGCGACACACCACCGACUCCGAACCUGACAACCAGACUUUCAAUAAUCCUGCUCCUACUAUUGACGAGAAAGCCGUGACGCAGAUGCUCGAGGACGUCAACCUCGACGAAGUUUUUGCCGACAAAGAAACGAGGAUGAAGUUCCUUACCAAGGCCGUGAGCGACCUCUCCGAAAGACUCGCGAUCAAUCACAAGCUUCAGUGCCAGAACGAGGGCCAGCAGAGGCAGUGAGGAGGAGGAGGAGGGAGAGGAAGAGGAAGAGGAGGAGGAGGUGGGAGAGGAAGAGGAGGAGAAGGAGGAGGAGGCAAGGGAAAGGGAAAAGGACAAAGGAGGGAAGGAGAAAAACAGGAGGAGGAGGAGGGAGAGGAAGAGAAGAGAAGAAGGAGGCUAGGGAAUGGAGAGAGGAAAAAGGGUAAAGGGAAAGGGAGGAAGUAGAGGUAGCAACAAAGGUGAUGGAAAGAGCAAAGAAGAGGGUGAGCGAAUGUGAGAGAGGAAAGAGAAGAUAUAUAUAUAUA